AUGGAGUCGACCACGCUGUCACCCGUGACUGUCAUUGUCGACAGCAUCAAGGACCAGAACAUUGCUUUCACAACUCCCAGGGAUGCCUCCCUUGCCUCUCUUUACAACAAACUAUAUGAGCGUGCUCCGUGGAUCCAGAACUCCUCGUACAUACUCACAACAAACUCGCGCCGAGCUGUUCGACAUGGCGAGGAACCUAUCUCGACCCUCCUCUCUUCGCCAUCAGACACAUUCGUAUCGCUCCGUUUGACCGUACCUCUAUGUGGUGGAAAGGGUGGUUUCGGUUCCAUUCUGCGUGCACAGGGUGGCCGCAUGUCAUCGCGCAAGAAGAAGAAUCAGGCUGAUGCAAACGCUUCGUCGCGAAACCUGGAUGGCCGCCGACUACGCACCGUCGCUGAAGCCAAGACCCUCGCCGAAUACCUCGCAAUCAAGCCUGAGAUGGAGCAGCGCGAAAAAGACGAGCGAAGAAAGCGGUGGGAAGACAUUGUGGCUAGUACCGAGCGAAAGCAAGAGGAGCUACAGAAUGCUGGUGGCAAGGCACGACUGGAUGGCAAAUGGCUGGAAGACAAGGAGGAAGCCGAGAACAAGACGAAGGAGGCGAUUGAGAAGAUGUUGCUCGCGCAGAUGGAAAGCUCGGAAGAAGACGAAGAUGAGGCCAAGCCGUCCACUUCGUCGUCUAAGCCUGCGCAACAGCGAGCUAUAUUUGGUUGGGACGACGAGGAUGAUGAGUUUAUGAGCGACAGCGACGAGGAAGAGGAGGUUUCUGAGGAGGACGUCAAACAAACGGAGUUUGAGGGUAAAGGGAAAGGAAAGGCAGCGUAG